GAUUCUCGUAAAUAACGGGUAAUCGUACCCUACGACCACAGCCUGCACGCAUUUUUCCACUGAAAUUCGAAUAGAUUUAAAUCAUGAUGGUAAAUCGUGUUGAAGGUCAAUUUGGAUUAAUUCACCGCAGCAAUUGUUUAAAGAAGUUUGAUAACACACACAGGAGCAUGUACCUAAUCGUCUUAUAAAAAAGUAAAGUAGUUAAUCUAUAAUACAAAUGACUCUGACGUUGACUGUGCGAACGAAAGACUCUAGAUCGCUCAAUCGAUGUGUUAUACCUGCUGCUAUAUGUAUGUAUGUUUGCAUUUAGUCCGGUCCACAAAGACCCGGCCAUCGUGGCGUGAUUUGUGAAUGUGGGAUCCAAGCUUUUCCGGCUGGAACAAACAGGAAGAGCGGGAAACUGAAACUUCGCCACCCCAUGACCCUCAUAAAAUGCGUGUUGAAGAGGACGAUCUGCCGAGCCUCGAGUUUAUUGAAGACCCCUACAUUCCGAAGCUCGAUCCAAGUUGUAUCACGCCUUCACUGGAUGAUGUUACUGAAUUAGAUGACGCGUCAUUGCAUGACGAUGAAGGGCUCAUCGAUCAGGAGGAACAGCAAUGGUCGGACGAGACAGAACUCUACCUGCGCUCAUUGACGCUGGAUGAAAUUUUGGGCAUCUCUUCGAAUAACGAAGACGUCGAACUUGCGCCAAAUGUUGAGCUACAAACUGUUGAGGCUGAGUUCAGUCCAGUUAUGGUAUGCAACACACUGAACUCAGACGAUAAAAACAGCAAACUAAGAUCCUCAGUUGCCACCGGUCAGCAAGUUGAUUGCGAGCCAACUUCCGGAACUGCAGAAAGAGGUGUAGAGAAAAAUUUUCUUACCAGCAAGUUCUUGUUGAGCAGAGUUACAAACAGACGCAUUCAGACACUGUUCAACCGACGCAAUAUUCGGGACGUUCGGGUCACGUUCAUCGACUUCUCGAAGCCAUACUUGGCACGCAUCUCUAGUGGUGAGAAUUAUAAAAGCUUUCUCAGCAUUGGCAGUAUAGCAGACAAUCCCACUAAGCUGUCUGAUGCUUCUCCCAUCGGAUCCAUCAGCUCUGCUGAAAUUGCAAAUGAGUUUUCCGGACUUUCGACCGAAGAACAAACGGCACAACGCGAUGAGUGGAGUCAGGAAUUGUCCCGUGUUGAAGAGGAAAUUACAACACUUCGAACGGUUUUACAAUCGAAAAUGCGUCAUGCAAGCGAACUGAAAAGGAAACUUGGCAUUACGGUAUGGAAAGAAAUCACGGACGACGUCAGUCAGGGAAUUAAAAAUGUGAAAGAAAGCAAUGUUUAUCAAAGUGUCGAAACGAAGGUUGGAGAAAUAACGACUGUCGUGACAAAUGCCCCAAUCUACCAGAAAACCGAAAGCGCUAUCAAAACGACGGCCGGCAAGACGACAUCUGUUAUCGGUGGUAUCGCUGGAAAGAUGACUCAGAAAUUGACUGAAAUGAAACAGUCAGAUUCAUUUAGAUCGUUCGAGGAGCGUGUUGGGUCGGCAUAUGAAAAUGUCAGAUCCAAAGUGUCCUCUCGUUCAAGCUCGGUACAAAGUUUAUCCGAUCUACAAACCGAUGAGCGUCGUAGUUCCGUAACUACGCCAACGGCUAUUCCGGAGGAUAAACCCAUUCCUUAAACUGAACGUAUCUCUAAAAGGUCCACGAUUUACAAGCCUGGUUCGCUUCGUCGUCUAUCGAAACAGUUUGCUUAGUUUAUUUCAGAAAAUAUGUAUUCUAUAUACGUUUAAAAUAAUUCGGCGUCGUGAUUUAUUACAACACAUGUUUGCUAAUUCAAAUUGUGUAUGCUAUUGCAGCAGUUAGCUAAAAACAAACAUACCAUCAUGUACAGCUAUGUAUCAUUCUUCUGUAAUUUGAUGACUGUUUGAUGACUGUGUGCAAUUGUAAUCGAACCAAUUUCCGUAUGAAGCAACCAUGGCAGCCUCUUCGCCUUCUGUUAACGUCGCCUAUACCGCCUCAGGAGCGUCUGUUUGUAAACCCAUCGUCGUUGUUAACAUAAAACUAAAUUAUAAAGGGCAACACAAAAUAAAAUCGGCUUGGUCAAUGCAGUUAUUCUGAUCGGCCUUUCAUAUUACGAAGUUCUCUGUCUUUUUACUAUAAGAAGGUAAAGACAUACCUUACAAGACCUUAGGCAAUUGUCAAAAGCGUUGUGCGAUAAAGACAAAAAAUCCUUUUUCUUGCGUUAGCAUCAAUUUAUCUGAAAUAUGCACUCUUUGCCGGUCGCUGUUACACCAAUCUCCAAGUGAAUAUAUUUUCAAAGAAAUUUUAUACAAAUAGAAGAAUAAAUCCCUGAUCAUCUCCACAAUAAAUACCCCACAUAAAGAAUAGCAUUCUUAAGAUUAAGAAUUAACAUUAAUAAAUAAUUUCUUUAUAGUCUUUCGGUCAUACUUGUCGUACAUGUAAGAUUGAAAAGAAAAUGAAAACAAUAUGUUCAUGCAAUAAAAAUAUUUAACGUGAACGCUGCU